CGGAAACGCGGCGGCGCGGUGACAGCUGGGUAAAAACCACCGACAUACAGGAAGACAAACCAGACGAAGCUCAGUCAGUCAGUCUCUGCUGCAACCUGCAAACUGCAACCUGCAACCACUCCCACAGCUACAGAAAGGACCAAAUCACUGCUCCAACCAGGUUAGCAGGUAUGGCUGAUAUGGCGUGUCUGGUGCAGCGGCUGGAGGUGGCGGUGGGUCGCCUGGAGUCCAUGUCGGGACCUGGAGGCAGCGGUGGACAGUCAGCUGGGGGAGGAGCUGUAUCCGCGUACGUGGAGGCCUUUGAUGAGAUCAUCAGCGGUUCCGUGGCUAAGUACUUGAGCCUUAGCCAGAAGAUCGGGGGCGAUGUCCAGAAACAUGCAGACAUGAUGAAGCAGGCAUUCUGCAGUCAGAGAAACUUCCUCGCAACAGCCUCCUCCUCCCAGAGGCCCGCUGAAGGUGUUAUGACGGCUCUCCUGCAGCCGGUGUCCAAAGUGAUCCAGCAGGUGCAGGCGUUCCGCGAGGCGAACCGCAGCUCGAAGCAGUUCAACCACCUUUCUGCCGUGAGCGAGAGCGUGCCCGCCCUCGGAUGGGUCGUCACGGCUCCUAAGCCAGGCCCCUUUGUUAAAGAGAUGCUGGACGCCGGCACUUUCUACACCAACCGUGUAAUCAAGGACUACAAGGAAACGGAGCCGACGCAUGUGGACUGGGCGAGGGCCUACAACGCCAUCUGGACUGAUCUGCAAAACUACAUCAAAAAGCAUCACACCACGGGGCUGGUCUGGAGCAAGACCGGUCCCGUAGCUUCAGCCUCUGCAGCUCCUGCAGCUCCUGCAGGUGGAUGUCCUCCCCCACCUCCACCUGGACCUCCUCCCCCCAUGAUGUCCGCCCCCAGUGCGCCCACUGCUAGUGGUGAUGAAGAUCGUAACGCUUUGUUUGCCGCCCUCAACCAGGGAUCAAAAAUCACCAGUGCCCUGAAGCAUGUGAGCGACGACCAGAAGACCCACAAGAAUCCUACCCUGAGGAGUACGGCUCCAGUACGUAGCGGACCAAAACCUUUCACCACUCCCAAACCUGCUGCGUCAUGCACCACGACCUGCACGCUGCCCCCCGUCUUUGAACUGGAGGGGAAGAAGUGGAAAGUGGAGAACCAAGAGGGAGCACAGGACCUGGUGAUCAACGACACUGAGCUGAAACAAGUGGUUUAUGCUUACAAGUGUAACAAGACCACCCUGCAAAUCAAGGGCAAACUCAACUCCAUCAUUUUAGACAACUGUAAGAAAAUGGGCCUGGUGUUUGAAGAUGUCGUGGGCAUCGUCGAGGUCAUCAACUGCAGGGAUAUCAAGAUCCAGGUCAUGGGUAAGGUCCCCACUAUCUCCAUCAACAAGACGGACGGUUGCCACGUCUACCUGAGCAAAGACUCUGUGAGCUGCGAGAUCGUCACCGCCAAGAGCUCGGAGAUGAACGUCCUGGUACCCAACAAAGACGGAGAAUUUACGGAGCUCCCUGUUCCCGAGCAGUUCAAGACCGUCUGGGACGGCAAAAAGCUCGUCACCACAACAGCAGAGAUCUGUUAGACGGAGGCAGCGUGUGAAACGACCGCCCCUCCUCGACACCAUCCCCACCACCCACUUCUUUUGCAAACGCCUUCCUGACUGAUCGACCACCCCACCAGCUAACUCUCAACACUGUAGACUUGAGAUUUGGACCUCAUGCGUUUAUAUCUCCCUCCUUCCCUCCCUCCUUCGUCCUUUUUAUCAGCCAAUCACAGCUUAAGCUGUCCCUUCCAUCAGCCAAUGAGAGGACUGCUCACUUUUAUCUGGAGCAAAACCCUCCAGCCAAUCAGCAGGGAGCGGCUUGUCGUUCAAAUUGGUUUUUCCCCUGUGAGCACUUUUCAACAUUCAUGAGUUUUGCCAAUAGCUGGGAUGCUCUGUAUCAUAUUUUGUAUCUAUCUGGAUGAUGCUAAGCUAAAUUUAACAUGUAGAAUAGCCAACAUGGGAACGGGGAUCUUGAUUCCUCUGCAGCCAAUCAGCCGCUACUAUCAAGCUCUCAUUCUUUCUCCUCUUCCUGGUCAGGAGGGGCUGGUAGGUUUCUGUCCCAUUAUAUGCAAUUCACCAGUGAAACACCUGUCAAACAAAGAGGCUAAUGGCAUCCAUAUCACCUCCGCUGAUGUUGACUAUAAUAAUAUUAACAUUCAUAGUGGAUAAUAAUAUAAAAAAAAAUAAAAACAAGUCAGCACUCUCAGAGCACAUAGGAGUAAAAACAAAUUGUGUGCACAUCAAACUCUCCAUCUAGAUGAUGUUGGAACAGUUAAAAUAGCAGUACAAAUGAUCAUUCCAUGUGCUUUUCCCUUGAACCCACACAUAGGACAUUCCCGAGUAUUAAAAAAACAAAAAAA